AUGGCGAGUAGAACAUUACGCAUAGGCCUGAUUCCGGGCGAUGGCAUCGGGCGCGAGGUCAUUCCGGCAGGCAAACGUAUCCUGGAAUCGCUUCCUCCGUCCUUAGGCCUCAAAUUCUCCUUCGUUGAUCUCGACGCCGGCUAUGACUGCUUCAAGCGCACGGGCACGGCACUCCCAGACCAAACGGUCGAGACGCUACAGAAAGAAUGCGAUGGCGCUCUGUUCGGAGCCGUGAGUUCACCGACGAUCAAGGUAGCCGGCUACACGUCUCCCAUUGUCGCGCUGCGGAAGAAGCUGUCUCUGUUCGCCAAUGUGCGCCCUUGCAAAACGACAUUAUCACCUGCCUUCAAAUCCCCGACGCCGCACCCCAUCGACCUUGUCAUUGUGCGCGAGAACACGGAGGAUCUGUACGUGAAGGAGGAGAAGACAUACCCCGAUCCCUCCGGCGAGGGGCAGAUCGCCGAGGCGAUCAAACGCAUCUCGUCCAAGGCCAGCUGGCGCAUCGCCAACAUUGCGGGCGAGAUUGCGCUGCGAAGACAGAAGAUGCGCCAGGCCUCGCCGACCAAUGCCUCGGGAGACUCUCAUGCGAAGAAGGCCUGCGUCACAAUCACGCACAAGUCGAACGUCCUCUCGCAGACGGACGGCCUCUUCCGCUCCACGGCGCGCGAAGCCCUGUCGCAGCCCCAGUUCUCCUCGGUGGCCAUCGAGGAGCAGAUUGUCGACAGCAUGGUGUACAAGCUGUUCCUGCAGCCCCAGUACUACGACGUGAUUGUGGCGCCGAACCUGUACGGCGACCUAUUGAGCGACGGCGCCGCCGCCCUGGUCGGCAGCUUGGGACUUGUGCCCUCCGCCAACGUGGGUGACGGCAUUGUCAUCGGCGAGCCGUGUCACGGAUCUGCGCCAGACAUCGAGGGCAAGGGUAUUGCCAACCCGAUCGCCACGAUCCGUAGCGUCGGUACCAUGUUGGAGUUUUUGGAUCUGCCGGACGCGGCCAACGUGAUUUACAACGCGGUCGACAAAAACCUGGAGGAGGGCCGCUUCGUUACUCCCGACUUGGGCGGCAAUGCAUCGACGGAGGAAGUGUUAAAUGACAUCUUGAGCAAGUUGUAA